GUCAAUAUCGAUCACCUCGUAUCACAGAGCACCCAUCAGACAUAAUCGUAGCGAAAAAUGAGCCCGUGACGCUCAAUUGCAAAGCGGAGGGACGUCCAGAGCCUGCCAUAGAAUGGUACAAGGACGGCGAACUUGUGAAAACGUCUCCCACCGACAACAAAUCCCACCGAGUGCUACUGCCGGCAGGAUCUCUCUUCUUCCUGAGGACGAUGAACAGCAAAAAGGAGCAGGAUGCAGGAGUGUACUGGUGCGUCGCCAGGAACGUGGCAGGAACGGCUACCAGCAGGAAUGCGACGUUGCAAGUUGCUG